AUGUCUCCUGGCCUCCUCUCCCACCCCAACCUCCAGUCACCUCGCCUCCUCUCCCACCCCAACUUCCAGUCACCUCGCCUCCUCUCCCACCCCAACUUUCAGUCACCUCGCCUCCUCUCCCACCCCAACUUUCUGUCUCCUCGCCUCCUCUCCCACCCCAACCUCCUGUCUCCUCGCCUCCUCUCCCACCCCAACCUCAUGUCUCCUGGCCUCCUCUCCCACCCCAAAUUCCAGUCACCUCGCCUCCUCUCCCACCCCAACUUCCAUUUCCUCGCCUCCUCUCCCACCCCAACCACCAGUCACCUCGCUUCUUCUGCCACCCCAACGUCGUCUCCUCGCCUCCUCUCCCACCCCAACCUCCUGUCUCCUCGCCUCCUCUCCCACCCCAACUUCCAGUCACCUCGCCUCCUCUCCCACCCCAACCUCCUGCCACCUCGCCUCCUCUCCCACCCCAAAUUCCAGUCACCUCGCCUCCUCUCCCACCCCAACCUCCUGCCACCUCGCCUCCUCUCCCACCCCAACUUCCAGUCACCUCGCCUCCUCUCCCACCCCAACUUUCUGUCUCCUCGCCUCCUGUCCCACCCCAACCUCCAGUUUCCUCGCCUCCUGUCCCACCCCAACCUCCUGCCACCUCGCAUCUUCUCCCACCCCAAUCUUUUGUCACCUUGCCUCCUCAACCCACCCCAACCUCCUGUCACCUCGCCUCCUCUCCCACCCCAACCUCCUAAACCCCAGCCCAACAAUGAGAAACCCCUGCCCAACAAUGAGAAACCCCUGCCCAACAAUGAGAAACCCCUGCCCAACAAUGAGAAACCCCUGCCCAACAAUGAGAAACCCCUGCCCAACAAUGAGAAACCCCUGUCCAACAAUGAGAAACCCCUGUCCAACAAUGAGAAACCCCUGCCCAACAAUGAGAAACCCCUGCCCAACAAUGAGAAAACCCAGACUAACAAUGAGAAACCCCAACAGAAAGAUGAGCAACCUAACAAUGAGAAACCCCAGCCCAACAAUGAGAAACCCCAGCCCAACCAUAAGAAACCCCAGUCCAACCAUGAGAAUCCCCAGCCUAACAAUCAGAAACACCAGCUCAACUAUUAA